CCAAUGCAGCCUGUAGCCCAUUCAAAGGCCUACUGUUGGACCUCUGCUUAUUUUGCAAUACGUCUUUAGUACGGACUGAAAAAUGUCCGAUUUCGAUGAGUUUGAGAAGCAGUUAAGCGAAAAUCGGCAAGCUGCAGGGCAGAUCCCCACGAUAGCUUUACUGGCAACAUCCACCACCAGCGGCGUGGCAGUGACGCCCACCCAGGUGCCGAUGGUCGGCAGCCAGAUGACCCGGCAGGCCAGGCGGCUUUAUGUCGGCAACAUCCCCUUCGGCCUGACGGAGGAGGCCAUGGCGGAUUUCUUCAAUACCCAGAUGCGAUUGGCUGGCUUAUGUCAAGGUCCCACCAAUCCCGUCCUCGCUGUUCAGAUAAACCAGGACAAGAACUUUGCCUUCCUUGAAUUUCGGUCCGUGGAUGAGACCACGCAGGCAAUGGCCUUCGACGGCAUCAUUUUCCAGGGUCAGUCGUUAAAAAUCAGGCGGCCCCACGACUAUCGCCCCCUGCCUGGCAUCUCAGAGCAGCCCGCCUUCCACGUACCAGGGGUCGUCUCCACCGUGGUUCCAGACUCGCCACACAAGCUCUUUGUCGGAGGCCUGCCCAACUAUCUCAGUGACGAUCAGGUGAAGGAACUCUUGACGUCGUUCGGACCUCUUAAGGCCUUCAACCUUGUGAAGGACAGUGCCACGUCACUGUCUAAGGGUUACGCUUUCUGUGAAUACGUGGACAUCAGUGCCACUGACCAGGCCAUGGCUGGACUCAAUGGCAUGCAGCUCGGAGACAAGAAGCUCAUCGUCCAGCGGGCAAGCGUGGGGGCUAAGAAUGCCAACGCUACGGCCAUCAUCGAGACGCCGGUGACGCUGCAGGUUCCAGGGCUGCAGCGGCUGCAGAGCUCCGGCAUGCCCACGGAGGUGCUGUGCCUCCUCAACAUGGUCAUGCCCGAGGAGCUGGUGGACGACGAGGACUACGAGGAGAUCCUGGAGGACAUCCGGGAGGAGUGUUGCAAGUACGGCAACGUGCGCUCCAUCGAGAUUCCGCGGCCCGUCGAUGGCGUGGAGGUGCCUGGCUGUGGCAAGGUGGGACCCGUACUCUCCUGUACCAGUGGCAAAAAGAAGACCUCUGUAGGCACUAAACACAGGCUCAUGGGAGCAUUUCUUGCACAAAAGUGUUUUGAAAACGGAAUAAUUUUUUGUGUAAGAAAAACAAUCUGAUUGGUUCAGAUAGACAGACAAUCUGAUUGGUUCAGAUAGACAGACAAUCUGAUUGGUUCAGA